CUCCACGACCACCCUUCCCCUCUCUCUCUCUCUCUCUCAAUCAAAUAUAGAUAUAGACAUAGAUAUAGAUAUACAGAUAUUCUCAAAAAUCUAUCUUCUUCCAUAGCAGAAGAAACGAAAGCAGGAGGAGGAGUUCCACCACACGGUAAAAUGACAAAGGAUCCCACGCAGCGCAGAGAUCUUGGGCGAGCCAUGUGUGGGUGUAUAUUCAUCUUCCUUGUAUUAGCCGGCAUCACAGUUCUCACAGUCUGGUUAGUCUACCGUCCCCAGAAUCCCACCUUCACCGUGGUGGGGGUCGGCGUCUUCAACCUCAACAACACAUCCCCUCCCUUCUUAUCCACCACCAUGCAGUUCAGCAUCGUUACCAGAAACCCAAACAAGCGAGUCUCCAUUUUCUAUGACCAUCUCUCGGCUUUUGUAACCUACCAUAACCAGAUGAUCACGCCCCCGGUGACCCUGCCGCCUCUCUAUCAAGAGAAACACAGCACGGUGCAGCUGGCCCCAAUACUGGGUGGACGUGAUGCGGUGGUGCCGGUGUCGCCGGAGGUGUCUUAUGGGCUGGGGAUGGAUGAAGCCAACGGGGUGGUUGGGUUGAGGCUGGUUUUGUUGGGGAAGCUGAGGUGGAAGGCUGGGGCAAUAACCACGGGGCAUUACGGAGUAUAUGUUAAGUGUGAUGUGUUGCUGCGUUUGGGCAAGGGCUUUGUGGGUCAAGUCCCUCUGGUUACAUCUCCGGUAUGCAAAGUUGAUAUUUAAUAUAUUAUAAUAAAAAACUAAUGACAGAGACAAGAAGAGACUCUAGUUUGUUUGUAAUCAACUAAUGCUUCUCCCUUUUUUGUUUUAAUUAAUAAAUCUGUAAAAAUCUCUCAAGGUAGAUCAAAGAAAGCACACAUCACUCGGAUUGCCUGCCUGUUUCUGGUUAAUGAUAAUAACUUAAUAUCAAAUAUCUACAAAGAAAUCAUAGAGGUCCUUUUUACUC